CUUUUGUGGGGGUGGGGGGUAUAGAGUGUAAUUUUUUCCAUAUUUUAUUUUGUUUUUGUUUUUUUUUCUAAAUUUGAAAAAGAAAACACAUGAUAUGAGUCUGAAGAUGGAGCUCGAGCGCUACACUUCAAAGAGCAGGUAUAGCUGUAACAGUCAGGUUUCUAUAAUCCUUUCCAACUCCAAGCAAGUUCAUUAGAAACUAAGCAGAGUCGAUAACCACUAAACAAAUACCAAUUCUGUUAAUUCACUAGAUAACUUUCACUUACUGAUCAUAACAUGGAUCUGGGUUUUGUUCUACACUCUCUAAUUCCUUCAUGGAACUCUGUCAUUGUACUAGUUAUAUUCUUUGUUUAUCUGGCCAUCUUUGGAUCUAUAUUGCCUGGCAAACUUGUUCCUGGAGUGAUCUUGCAGGAUGGUUCUCGACUCUAUUAUCGUUGCAAUGGGUUGUUGUCAUUGCUGUUGCUGGUUGCUCUUCUUGGGAUUGGUACUAAAUUGGAUCUUAUAUCACCCACUGUGAUCUCAGAGAGGGGGCUUGAGCUGCUAUCAGCAACUUUUAUUUUCAGUGUUCUUGUGACUUUGGUACUCUAUGCUGCUGGUUGCAAUUCAAGAAACCAGGGAUCUUCUCUUAAGCCUCAUGUCACUGGAAACCUAAUACAUGACUGGUGGUUUGGAAUACAGCUGAAUCCUCAGCUUUUGGGCAUUGAUCUCAAAUUCUUCUUUGUUAGAGCUGGAAUGAUGGGAUGGCUAAUUAUCAACCUAUCAGUUCUAGCAAAAAGUAUUCAAGAUGCGACCUUGAGCUGUUCAAUGGUUCUUUACCAAUUAUUCUGCGCGUUAUACAUCCUGGAUUACUUUUUCUAUGAGGAGUAUAUGACCUCUACAUGGGACAUUAUUGCCGAGAGAUUGGGCUUCAUGUUGGUAUUUGGUGAUCUGGUCUGGAUUCCUUUCACUUUUAGCAUCCAGGGUUGGUGGCUUUUGGGUAACAAGGUGGAGCUAACAACAGUUGCUGUCAUUGCAAAUUGCAUUGUUUUUCUGAUUGGGUAUCUGGUCUUUAGAGGAGCUAACAAGCAAAAGCAUGUUUUCAAAAAGAAUCCCAAAGCUCUCAUAUGGGGUAAGCCACCAAUGGUAAUAGGAGGAAAGCUUCUUGCUUCUGGUUACUGGGGCAUUGCAAGACAUUGUAAUUAUCUUGGAGACCUGUUGUUGGCUCUGUCCUUUAGUCUACCUUGUGGGAUAAGUUCCCCGGUUCCAUACUUCUACCCAAUUUACCUUCUUAUUCUGCUAAUAUGGAGAGAAAGAAGAGACGAAGCUCGCUGUGCAGAGAAGUAUAAAGAAAUAUGGCCUGAAUACAGGGCACUUGUUCCCUGGAGAAUAUUACCAUACUUUUAUUAAGAACAAGAUUCUGCAACAGUUGCUGAAUACUUCAAAGUGUAGGAGUAAUCUAGCGGUUUGUGUUUGCGUUAGAUUUUCUAAUUUCUAUAACCGUCUAGUGACAUUUUCACCAUUUUAAGUUGAAGAUCGAUCAAUUUCCAUCA